GGCCCCGCCUUUGGCGCGGAGCAGGAGCGUGAUGGCGGCCGGAGGCAGCGACCCUCGCGCCGGGGAUGUGGAGGAGGACGCCUCGCAGCUCGUCUUCCCCAAAGAGUUUGAAACAGCAGAAACUCUUUUAAAUUCCGAAGUCCACAUGCUUCUAGAGCAUCGAAAGCAACAGAAUGAAAGUGCAGAAGAUGAACAAGAACUUUCAGAGGUGUUCAUGAAAACUUUAAAUUACACUGCCCGUUUUAGUCGUUUUAAAAACAGGGAAACCAUUGCUAGUGUUCGGAGUUUGUUACUCCAGAAAAAGCUCCAUAAAUUUGAAUUGGCCUGUUUAGCAAACCUUUGUCCUGAGACAGCAGAAGAGGCUAAGGCUCUGAUUCCAAGCCUGGAAGGUCGAUUUGAAGAUGAAGAAUUGCAACAGAUUCUUGAUGAUAUCCAGACCAAGCGGAGCUUCCAGUAUUAAUACCAGGGACCCAGCCCUUCAGUGAAGACAGAAGAGGAAAUUUCCCAAAAUUCCUCUGCAACUGAGACUCCCUCCAGAGACCAUACAGAAAUUUCAUCACAAAAGUUGGUCAAGCCUUCUCUGGACAAGGCAAUGCGGAGUAGUUUUGCAUCAACAAAUAAUUCAAACUUAUGACCAGUUAUGAUUCUGAUUGACUCUGAAUAUUUGAGACGUGACAAAGGCCAGGAAUGCCAUUGAAUCUUAAAGGGGCUUUGGGCUGAUUUCCUUUAAUGAAAGGUCUUCAAGCAAGGUAGUGGACCAGUACCCAGAUGCUUGCGUCAUCCUCUCCAUCCUUUCAAGGGAAAUGUUAAGUGGAAAGAAUGUGGUGAGAGAAUUUAGCCAAUUUAGCAUGUUAUUGACUACCUCAUAUCACUGGAUUUGGCACUUCAUUUAUAUUCACAUUUCUGGUUUGAAUUUCAAGCUGUUAUGAAAUAUUAUUGACCCAAAUUAGAAUAUGUAAAAAUAGCUUGAUUAAAAAGAAAGUUGUGUCUCAUAAAUGAUGGAAGGAAAAAUAAAAAUGAACCUAUACCUGAAUAUUUGAAAUUCUUAAGAAACAGAAAAACUGAACAGCUUGAAGCACCAUAUAAUCAAUUUGGCCAAAACUCAAGAGAGAAGAAGAGAAAUUAGUGGCAGUCUUGGGGUAUCACUGUAUAUAAGUUCAAAAGGGCUUUGAUUUUUAGAAGGCUCAGUUUGGCCUCUGGCAUUUCUUCAAGGCUGCGAAGUUUUGAAGCAGGAGGGAAUUUGUGGGAUUUACUCUUAACUGACAGCUGCCCUGGGAAAGGGUACUCUCCGAGUUUAAGCUAGUCCUUGAUCCCGAUUUUAAAUGGCAUUAAAUUCAGUAUAGAUUUGGUGUAUCACAGGAAGGUACUGGGGAGGACCAGAAAGAAUGAGACUUUAUAAGUUUGGGGCAGUUUUCUUGCCCUAAAUUUCAGCAUUGAUUUCUGAAAGGUCACGCAAAUAUUUUUUGCAAUUGCUUCUCCCACACCUUAAAAUCUGUUAUUGUAAUUUGAUAUAAUAAUAGAAAGGGGAGAUGGGUAGAUUCUGUAUUGGAUGUCCAGUUAAUUGUGCAAUUCCUAAGAAGUAGACUUACUCUAGGAAAUAAAAUUAUUUUUCAAUAAAGUCACGAGAGCCUGCAUUUUAUGGAAUAAUAAGGACUUUGAAAUAAUGUCAUUUCCUCUUUAUGUAAAUAUAGAGAAAAACCAUUUCAUGAGAGUAGUCAGUGAGUGACUUACUGAAACUUUGCAUCUCUCCUAAUGCACAGUAGGUACUUAAAUGUCAAAUUGAAGGAAUAAAAUUAACCAAAUAGCUUCUACAGAUCAAAAAGUCAGUCGAAGAAACUUAACAAGUUCUAGAUCCAUAAGAAUAAACAAGUUUAUUCUA